AUGCUCCGUGAGGUAAGUACGAAGUAUGAACCACUUAAUUACAGUAACCUCGGUACCAGUGCUUCCUGCACAUGGCGUGUGAAAGGAUGGAAUCAAGUGAUAGCCGUGGGCUCUGCCUACCCUGGGCACCUGAUGGGAAGUGAUUACCACCGUCCAUGGACUAGCCAAGCGCCUAUAAUGCGUCAAAAUCAGAGGAGAAGAUUUGAGCGUCGCACCAUAAUAGCAGCAAGUGUUGGUGUGUUACUGGUAGCAGUUCUAUCCGCAGACUCAGACUCCGGGGCAUAUCUGGACCACGUCCUUCAACAAUAUCGAGAGGAAACCGUGAACGAUGGAGAAAGACGUAAUAUUGAAGAGAUGAAAGCUACUUUAAAACCCAGGCCUAAAGGAUUCAAAAGCCCAAAAAAUUGGACCACGGACUCUGCGCUCCGUCUAAUGUAUCUAGUACAGGAAAAUAAGGUGACGGAUUCGGUGCAGCAGGACUUGAGGAAAAUACUUACUUCUGCGCAUAGCACUAGACCUGCGAAUAAUUCGAUGAAGUUCCGCGGGACGGAGGAGCAAGCAUCGCCAAUACAAUCUCUUCUUCAGUUUGACAAUCACUUGCAGGCGGAUCUGCCGAGCGCCAGGGUCGACCGCAAGACGUGCAUGUCAACGGAGACUCCUACAGUAACAGGCGGUAGAUCUGAAAGGCCUGGAGGUUCUGGCGGUUCUGUUCGAUCUGGCGGUGGCGGCAAGGGCGAAGUUUCAGGUGGUAUACCUGGAAGUCCACGCGGUUCUGGCGGUAGACGUGGAAGGCCUGGUGGUUCUGGCGGCAGACGUGUCAGACAUAGGCGUCCCAGACGUUCUUCUUCAGAAUAUUAUGAUGAUUACGAUUAUGGUAGUCCUGAAAUGCCUGGAGAUUCUGGUGGUAGACCUUCGAAACCUGGACGUAAUGGUGGUUCUUCUUCAGAAUAUUAUGAUGAUGAUUACGAUUAUGGUAGUCCUGAAAGGCCUGGAGGUUCUGGUGGUAGACCUGAGCGUUCUGGUAGUUCUGGUGGUAGUCCUGGAAAACCUGGCAAGCCUGGUGGUUCUGGCGGUAGUCCUCUUAAAUCUAGCAAGCUUGGUGAUGCAUCUUCAGAAUAUUAUGAUGAUUACGAUUAUAGUAGUCCUGGAAGACCUGGUGGUUCUGGUGGUAGACCUAGGAAACUUGGGCGUCCUGGUGGUUCUGGUGGCAGUCCUGGGAGACCUGGACGUACUGGUGGUUCUCGCAGUAGGCCUUGGCGACCUUUACGUCCUGGAGGUUCUGACAAUAGACCUAAAAAGCCUGCCGGUCAUUCUUCUUUUGAAUAUUAUGAUGAUUAUGAUUAUAGUAGUCCUGAAAAGCCUGGUUCUGGUAGUAGACCUAGGAGACCUGGACGUUCCGGUCCUGAUAAAUUGCCUAGGCAAAGGUGGUGA